ACAUUUUUGCGAGGAAGAGCGCACCACGACACAGCGAGUCACGCCCUCGUACUUCAGCUCGCUCGUCCCUCGGAGGUACCUAGCACUGCUACCCCGCGCGCUACCCCGCUUCCGACGCAGCAGCAGCACGGUAGCGGCGGCGUAUCAUCAUCGCCGCGCGUCAGUGCCUCGCUGGCCCGCUCGCCCCUCGGAGGUACUAGUAGUCGCACAAGGGACUGGCGCAUGCCCGCCAAGUUGAACUUCCGUAGUAGGAACUUCAGCUCGCUGCCACCCCGCUCGCAGCUAGUACCCCGCCUCCGAAGAAGCAGCAGCAGCAGCAGCACGGUAGCGGCCGCGUAUCAUCAUCGCGCGGCCACCAUAGGACCUCGCUGGCCCGCGCGCUCCCGUCCCAUUAAUUGCUCCUGUCCCACUGGAGAAAGCGACUUUUGAGUCGAAGAAACAGUUGCGGAAAUGACAAUUGAACUGUAUUUUAAAUAGCUUCACAAGCCGUCAUUAUGGCGGCGGUGCGUCGGAGCCGUCGGAGCCAGCGUUUCAGCCUCCACUAUCCCCCGCGACACUACUUUCUUGUCGCGCACCUUGCGGUGCUCGUCGUUGUCUUCCGCGUAACCGCCGCCGCCGCCGCCGCCGCCGCCGCCGGAACUCUAGCUGUUGCCGGCACUAGUAGUAGCCAGGGCGCUAGCAGCGCGGGCGGGAGAGCGCUUUCAGCGGAAGAGCGAGCGCGGUUGGCGCAUGCGCGGACCCGCGCGCAGCAGCUCGUGCGGCUGGGGAUGGUAGGGGCGCGCGGAAAAGAGUCGCACGCGGAAGCGCCGCAACGGAGAGCAGCGGGGCGCAAAGGAUACGAUCGGCUGCUGCACAAGGCGCGAGCGGGGGACGAUUGGUGCCGUGGGCUGUCGGACGGACUCCAUGGGGACGCGCUCGCGCACCCGCCGCUCAGGGCCUACUUCCGCUGCUCGAGCUUCUCGCUUGCAGGCAUCUACAUCUGCCCGGGGGCUGCCCGUUUCGACGAGGAGGAAGGGCGGUGCGUGGAGGGGAGGAGAGCAGCAGAGAGCGCCGCUGCUGGGGAAGAGAUGGCCGAAGCAGAGGGCUGGAUAACCAGCAGCAGCAGCAGUGGGAGCAGCAGAAGCAGCAGCAGCAACAAUAGCAGUGGGAGCAGCAGCAGCAGUAGCAGAAGCAGUAGCAGUAGCAGUAGCAGUAGCAGUAGCAGUAGCAGUAGCAGUAGCAGUAGCAGUAGCAGUAGCAGAAGCAGUAGCAGAAGCAGUAGCGGAACGGCAAGACAUGAAGAAGCAGCAGAGGGAGAGGUGGUGGAGGCAGGUGUCAGAAGGGAGGCUUUAAGGAACGCAGCAAGGGCAGAUGGUGAAAAGCUAGGUGGGUCUGGUAGUGAAGCCAGGGCUGGCAGCAACCUUGGUGCUGAGACUGCUGAUACUGCCGACACUACUGCUACUACUGCUCCUCCUGCCUCCUCUGCCUCUCCGCCUGCCAUGGACGCGCAGGCAGCGUUGGAGCUGAACGCGCUGCUGGCAUUUAAGUCGAGCAUCAUUGACUUCAAUGACGUGCUCCGCUCAUGGGUGGUGCCUCGCCAUGCCACCCACGCCAGCUCGACGGACCCUCACUCCUUUCUUUGCCUCUGGCGCUUCGUCACCUGCUCCAACCCACCCAAAGGCUCAGCGGGAGGAGCGGCAGCAGGAGGAGCAGAAAGAGCAGCAGCAGCAGCAGCCCCUCGGCGUGUGAUUGCCCUGGACUUGUGGCUGGAACCUGGAUAUCAUGAAGGAGACGUGGAGAACUACUCAAGUAGAGCCGUCCUCAUCACUCCCACCCGCAGUGUGAUGACCGCCAUUGCCAUGAGCGUGGAAGGCACUACGAGUGGGUACCUCAAUGAUGGUAGCAGCAGCAGCAGCAGCAGCAGCAGCAGCAGCAGCAGCAACAAUGUUGGUGGUGCGAUUCCUCCUCUCCUACCUCAGGAAUUCUCAUCUCUAACUGCCCUCCAGAAUCUCACCAUCAGGAAUGCUGAAGACUAUCCUGCCAUUGCCGGUCUCGUUGGAGCCUUCCCAACCCAGCUCUCCGCCUGCUCCUCUCUGCGCAAGCUGGACCUUUCCUUUCACCGCAUCAUUGGAGGGAUACCAGACAGCAUAUCGCAGUUCAAGAGCCUCAGGGAGCUCUAUCUCAAGUAUAAUCUGAUCACAGGGAGUCUCCCUACAGGCCUCUUUUCCAUGCCCAGCCUGGAGAGUCUAAAGCUCCCGAACAAUGCGAUUUCGGGGUCUAUUCCGCCGCAGAUCUCCCUCCUAAGCAAGACACUAAUGGACCUGGACCUGAGAAGUAACCACCUCUCUGGCAGCCUGCCCGAGGAGAUCGGGCAUCUUAAAAAACUCGGCUUCAAGCCUCUCGACGGGGGCUUGACUCUCCAGAGAAACAACUUCUCCGGCUUGCUCCCAGCAUCCAUUUCCAACCUCCACUCGCUGCAGUGCCUCGACCUCAGCUACAACCAGUUCUCCGGGUCUCUCCCCCAGGGAGGCGCGUUCCUCUCAACCCUCUCCCAACUUGCCGUUCUCCAAAUCUCCUCCAACCACUUCACUGGUUCCCUCCCUCUCUCCUUUGCCUGCACUGCCAGUGUGCUCGCUCUCUCUCUCGGCAGCAACCAGUUCUGGGGAACGCUGCCUGGGAACCUGGACGCCUGUGCCCCGAUGCUGCUCCAGCUCGAUGUCUCGAGCAACAACCUCUCUGGACCGCUGCCGCCUAGCCUCUGGAAAUCUCUGUCGGGUGCCUUCUUGCCGUUCUCUUUGCUGCUCAGCAAUAACAGCUUUUCCGGCGGCCUGUCGCCUGCAUUUGCGGAGAUUUCAAUGCUCUUUCAGUUUGAUGCUGGCAACAACAAUCUGUCCGGUCCGCUGCCCGAUCUGAAGUCUUGUCUGGUUGUGACUUUGCUGGGCACCCUACUCCUGGGAAAUAAUUCCUUUUCGGGCAGCAUCCCUCCGGGUUUCAUUUGCAAGCAAAUGGAGAUUCUGGACUUGAGAAACAAUUCUCUGUCUGGAGACCUCCCCGACAUUCUCGUGGGAUUGAACAGCCGCGGGCAACUGGAAAACAGCACAGGUGCAGCAGCAGCAGUAACCGGAGAAGGAAAGGCAGCAGCAGCAGCGGGGCCCACAGCAGCAGCACCAGCUAUUCUCAAGUCAUCUCCUCAUCUAGCCCAAUUAUAUCUGAGCCACAACAGUUUCACUGGGCCCAUCCCUCUGGGCGGCAACUGUUUAAACCUCACACGGCUCCACCUCGACCAUAACUUCUUCUCUGGUCCGGCUGUGCCUGAUCCCCUAACAACGUGCCGCAACCUCAUCUACUAUGAUGCUUCCAGCAACCAGCUCACAGGAACGGCAGCUGAGGCGGUUGAGAAUCUGGCCAGUACCACAGUUGUGGUGUCGGUACGGCUUGGCGGUAACCGCAUCGAGGGCGAAAUUCCUCCUGCGAUUUCUUCGCUGGAUUCCCUUGCAGAGCUCAACCUGUCUGGCAAUCUGCUCUCAGGUUCAAUUCCUGCCGCGCUCUCCUUUAUGAACCGCCUGCGUGUGAUAGAUCUGAGUGGCAACGGCCUCUCCUCCUCCCUGCCCGCCUCCCUGGGCUCCUUCCCCUUCCUCUCCCUCCUCGAUGUCAGCCGCAACGGCCUCUCCGGUGCCAUCCCCCCCCAGCUCGCCCCGCCCUUCCUGCCCUUCCUCGCCCUCCUCAACCUCUCCCACAACGCCUUCUCCGGCGCCAUUCCCUUUGGUUUCUCCAAUGCCAACACCACCGCCACGACGCUUGACUUCUCUUUCAACCGCCUUGCCGGGGAGAUCUACCCUGGCAACCUCUCCCUCCUCCCCGCCUCCUCCUUCGCCGGAAACCCCGACUUAUGUGACGGAGCAGGCUACCCCCCGUGCCCGGACCCUCCUAGCCAGGGGUUGUCGACCGGAGCGGCUGUGGGGAUGGUGGUGGGGUGUGUGGCGGUGGUGGCAGUGGUGGUGGGUGUGGCGUGGUACUGGCUGUUCGUCCAGCGCGCGUCGGGUCUGGAGGGUGGCACGAUGCUGGUGUUUGAGCGCCUGGACUUCAAGCUCAGCAUCCGCUCCAUCAUCGACGUCACCGACAACUUCAGCAACAAGUUCCUCCUCGGCCGGGGGGGCUUCGGCUCCGUCUACAAGGCGACCCUGGCGGACGGGCGGGAUGUGGCGAUAAAGCGGUUGGCGGUAGGGUCGACGCAGGGGCAGCGGGAGUUUGAGGCGGAGAUGCACACGCUGGGGGCGGUGCGCCACCGCAACCUUGUUGUGCUCGUCGCCGCCUACCUCUCGCGCCCGCCCUCGCAGGAGCGCCUCCUCAUCUAUGACUUCGUCUCUGGGGGCUCCCUCGACCACGUGCUCGCCAAACACAUGCCCAAAGUAGAGGGGGACGGGGAUGGGGACGGGGAGGGGGAGGCGGAGGGGGACGUGGAAGGGAAGGUGGGGCCUUCCCACCCCAUGCGGCAGUGGGAGGUGCGUCGGAGAGUUCUGACAGACAUGGCGCGGGGGAUGAAGUACCUGCACCACAACUGCAUCCCGGGGAUCAUCCACCGCGACAUGAAGCCUGCCAACGUGCUCCUCACCCACACCUUCGAGGCCAAGGUCGCCGACUUUGGACUCGCGAGGGAGAUAGAAACGGGCAAAACGCACAUGAGCACAAGGCUGUUUGGCACGGUGGGAUACUUUGCUCCCGAGUAUGUCCAACGCGGCCGGUUAUCCUUCAAGAGUGAUGUGUUUGCGUUUGGGGUUGUCGCGUUGCAGAUGGUUACCGGAAAGUGUCUCACUGAUAAAGUUUUGGUUGAAACGGUUAUAUCUAGGUGGGUAUGUGCGAACCCCUUAGAGGAGGUUGUGGACCGUCGGAUCGACGAUCGGGACGAGUGGAUGGAGGAGAUCAAGGCGGUGGUGAUGCUGGGUCUGCUGUGCACGUCUCGCGUGGCGGCAGACCGACCCUCCAUGGUUGAGGCGCUGCGGAUGCUGGAAGACCUGAGCACCUUCGCCCGGAGCGUGGGGGGCGGGACUAUUGAGGUGCCUCAAAAACAGUCGCUGAAAGAAUUGAGUGGCUUCGCCCAGAGCAUGGGGGGCUGGGGGUCAGGGGAUGGGGGGAAUACAGGUGGGGAAGGGAAUGCAGGUGUGGAAGGGAAUGAAGAGGAGAGGCUACAUGAGGGGUAGAGAGUAUUGGGUUGAGAAAAGCCCUUAGGAUCUUUCCAGAGACUAAGUCCAGUUGCAAAAGGAGACUUGAGUAGUGCAGCGGAAGUUAAGUAGUUGAACCCUUGUACUAGUAUGUGAGAACAAGUGAUUGAUUAAAAGAACAAGCAUACA